AGUACACGAUCUUAAUUCCCUGUUUGUUUUUCUAAGGCUCCGCAACAUGGGUCAAAAUUUGCGUGACGAUACCUGAGUCAUUCUGGCUUCCAAGAAAAAUAGACAGUGGUCCAAUCGGUCCUCAUAUGGAUCAAGAGGCUGUUGCCAUACAAAGCCAAACAAGCCUAAGUGUGCCGUCUCACCUCCAAAUGAGUCUAAAUCUUUGCUGCCAGGCCACUUUGACCAUCCCAGCACCAAACCUCGCAUCUGCCAUUACCUUAAGAUGAAUCUUCUUACCUGCGUAAUCGUUCCCCAUGAUGUACCCUGACAUUUUAUCAGGAUUCACACACUGCCAAAUCAUGGAUGCUAGAUCGGCUGUGCAUAGGAGCCGAUGCAUCGCUAUGCAAAUCUUAACACUAGUACCUCGCUCGGUAACAUCGUACUCAGCCCACCUGUUGCUUACUACUUUCUCUCCUUGUAUCUGGGAUGCUGGUCUCAGGGUCUAUAUUGGAAGUUCUACGUGUAUCGAAUGACCCAUUAGUUUGGCGCCUGCUGAUACACCAACGGAUAACAUCAUCCUAUGCGAGAGCUCAGAUUCUCUCCUUUCGAGGAGAAACCGCUGUACUCGCCAUGGAGAAGAUACUUCAAAUACUCAACGAAAGACAGUUACCUUAUCAGGACCGUUUUACCUUGCGUCGUCUACUUCUACAACUCUCUAGGGCUUCUUCGCGCAUUCCAUCAUCUCUGUAUCUGAAUGAUGUUGAAUGUGAAGAGAGGGAUGCGAUUGCAGGGGGCGGUUUUGCGGAUAUAUUCCGCGCGACCCAUCAAUCAAAACCAGUUGCCUUAAAGAGGUUACGAACGUUUCGAAAUCAACCCCAAAGUGCAGAGAACCACUUGAAUCUCCUGCGUGAAGCAAUGGUUUGGCAACAGCUCGUCCAUCCAUUGAUCUUGCCCUUCCUUGGUAUAGACAACAAUACAUUCUCGCCAUACUACUGUCUCGUUUCUCCAUGGAUGCACCAAGGCAACAUUAUUGAAUAUAUCAAAACUGACCUGUCCAAAAGCAAUUCCUCUUCCGAGUGCAUACCCUUGGGGCAUUGGUUUGCGGAGAUAGCAGAAGGAUUGCAAUAUCUUCACGAUCAGCAUAUAAUUCACGGUGAUUUGCGUGGCGCAAACAUCUUAAUGGGUGCGGACAAACGUAUACGAAUUGCAGACUUUGGUCUGGCUCGAUUCGCGGAAAGUAGCUCUGCUAGCCUGGGUUCUCAGUCUGGAGGUGCCGUCCGAUGGUUGGCUCCGGAAGUCGUCCAGGGAUCGAGGGCGUCAUUUAUGAGUGAUUCAUACGCAUUUGGAUGCGUCUGGCUUGAGAUAUAUACACUACGUCAUCCAAUGUCUGAGAUACCCUCAGACCACCAGGUUUACGCACUCAAAAUGCGCAAUGUUCAUCCCCAAUGGCCAAAGCCAACUUCUGAACCGCGAAUGAAGCUCCAGCUAGACAAUUGGUCUUUUGUGCGACAGUGUUGGGAGGACCUUCCGUCCGCGCGGCCAAGUGCGGAGUCCCUUCUAAAGUCAUGUCGUGUUGACGACUGGGGAAUGGAUUCCAUCUCGUCUGCUUCGGAGCAUGACUUUGACAUGCUUCAGACAUCCAGUGACGUUCACAUUGACCCAGUAGAUCCUCCCAACCCCUCCUCAUCCCCAUGGUCAUCAGGGCUAAAAAUACUGGCUCUUGCGCCUUCGCAUCCUCCUCCUUUUGUGACUCCCCCAACGACAACCUCAUUGACGCCGGAAAUUCGUUCCCUCGCGCGGACCUCCCAGCCCCCUUCGACGCACAGAUCUUCGGGGAGUUCUAUAUUCUCUUUCGUGUCUGUUAAAGCACCCUCUGUCAACAGUAUGUCAACCGCUAUCACCACUACGACCUCGUCCUCGGGCCGUUUCUCUUUCAUUUCGGUGGCUUCAUCUGGCUACAUGGCUGAACCAAUGCCAUCAAAAAUGCUGGAGGAAAUUCGAGAAAAAGACCUAUGCAAUGAAGAAGGUGCGAAGGAGGCAAGAAGGGGGAUCCGUGCUCAUGCCUGUGACGUUGGUGAUUGUCGGCGUCGCUUUAUCACCAUUGCUGAGCUGCGAUAUCACCAUCAACAUGCUGAUCACGGAACUGGGAUGGAUGCGUCACCUUUGACUGGUUAACACCAGUGUCUGCGACUGCACUUCUCGAACAUCAGGUGAUUAUGAUAUAAACACAAGCAUAAGUGUUCCGGACUCAGAGUCAUCCCUCUAGCAGAAUGGCAGUAUGUUGGACGUUGGAAUGUAUCUGAAUCUUCCCCUUCCCAAUGCUGGCUCAGCGUCCCGUUUCAAGUACUUGUCGGACUCCGCGGUCAUCUGUUACACCCCUUUAAGCGCAUUCUAUGACUGCCGGAUACUUAUGAUCGCUCCUUCGAUGAACCCUUUGCACUCUGUCGUUAGGCUUAUAUGCUAAGAUGUACAAGAAAAAUUUCUGGCCUU